ACGAAUUUAAAAAUGAGCACCGCCAACUAAUCGGUGGAGAAUAACGUUUAUCCUGAGUGAGUGAGUGAGUGAGUCGACACUGGAUUGAUGGUGUAGCACUCAGUGGGACUUGAUCAUUGUGGGCGUUCAAUCCACCUGGUUGAGACGGAGAGAGAGCCCAUUGACAAGGCCAUCUGGACCCGUAUGCCCGCUCCACGGCCCUGGAACAGCCUGGCCAUAUCAUCAUCAUCAUCAUCCUAUCCAUCACACACCAUCCACGUCCCUCCCCAAUAAUUCUCAUCAACGUUUUGAAUCCAUUCCGAGCUAUUCCCCGUCAAUUUCAUUUCUCCUCCGCCGGAAUCUGAAUUCGGCCCGAUUACCCCUCUGAUCAGCCUGGGCCAAUCCAUCUUCACGUCAACGACGUGCCAAGUCCAUUUGACUCUCGAGUGGAACGCGUCCAGGCGUAACCAUGCCCGUCCGGACCAUUCCGUUGGAGGCCAGCAUGAUCCCGCCUCGGCCUCCGGUCAACUCGAAACAGCCAGGCGUGGCCUCCUCCCUCCUCUACAACGGGUCUCGUUUCACCGGCCAUCAACGGUCCAAGGGAAACGAGUACGCUGUUGAGGUCAUUCUUCAGCACGUGGAUCUGGAAAACUCCUAUUUGUGCGGGUAUUUGAAGAUCAAAGGCCUCACUGAAGAGUAUCCCACACUCACGACCUUCUUCGACGGUGAAAUCAUCAGUAAGAAACACCCCUUCCUCACUCGGAAAUGGGACGCUGAUGAAGACGUUGACAAGAAACAUUGGGGCAAAUUUGAUGCCUUCUAUCCAUACGCCAAGAACUUCAACUCGGACCAUUUCGAUUAUGAAGCACUGGCCAAGACAGAUUUCGUAUUCAUGCGAUGGAAAGAGCAUUUCCUAGUGCCCGAUCAUACCAUCAAAGACAUCAAUGGGGCGUCUUUUGCGGGUUUCUACUACAUUUGCUUUCAGAAGUCCAAGUCCACCGUGGAUGGUUACUACUUCCACAGGAACUCUGAAUGGUUUCAAAGCUUGACUCUUAAACACGUUCCGGAUCAUUCCCACCAGAUCUAUGAAUUCCGAUGAAUACGUUUAACAAACCAACGAAACGCCCAAAAGCCUCGUGAAACACUCAGCUUUGGGGAUGAACUUGUGAUGAGCGAGCGGGUGACACAACCCUCUCUUGACACCGAAAUUCGUGAUCUGGUCCUUAUUCAUCAUGGUCAAUGACCACUCUCUCAAUGCUAAUGAUCGUGUAUCGAACCCUCAACAAUCCUAAGCUCCCAAUCUACCGAGGUAUUUUGCCCAUAGUUCAGCUACGUCUCUUGUGAGAAACAACAAGCCCAGUCGUCUUCCAAUCGACAGCGCAUCACUUUGAUUUGAUUGCCAUUGGCAUGCCAUAUUCAAUUAUACCAUUCAUAUGUCAGUGCGACUCCAUGAGCUACUAACUCUCUCUCUCUCUCACUCUUUGGUCUUGGAAAAAGAUUCCCAAGCUUUUCGCUUGCUUCCCAUAUCCUGCAUGUGAACGUAUAGUCCUCGUACCGCCUCCAUUUCCACUAAUGCUUCGCCAUACCGAAGUAUCUGAAAAUAUUAAGCAUUGUUUAACCUGGUCAACCUCUUUUACUAGUUUUGAGUCGCUAGUAUCACACAUGUUCAUGAACGAAAAUUUCAAGACUAGCUUACACGCACACCCAUACCCAUAAACUCACGUAUACACCAUGUACCUUAUCGAACACGAUGUGCGAUCCUUCCGGGGAUGCCCUGAAGUCUGUGUGGGGCAACCCGUAUUAUACGAACCAUGAAUUACAAAAAUCAUUGAUCAAACCAA